GUUCGACUACCGGCAACGUUCAGUUCUCGUUUGACUCUUGGCGCUGCACGUCAUACCUACGCGCGCGCGUGCACGUAACUUAACGUAGUAAUAGUAUACGAUUACAAUAAUAAUUUUAUUUAAUAUUUAAUAGUGACGUACACGCCGGUUAUAAAUAUAAAAAUUACAUUUUUUUUUUUUAUCAAGUCUUGAUUUACAAUACCCGUACACUCGAUAUUCAUUACACGUUUCACGUUUAUAGUUUUAAUAUUUUAAUAUUUUUUUUUAUCAAUUUUUCACAUUCACACUUGUACACCUAUAUUAUUUUUGGAUGUGAUGACACCGAAUCUUUGGAUACGAUACCAUCAAUCAUCGGUGGAUCUGACAAAUGUACGAGAAUAUCAAACAUAACCGUCGGCAAUGUUAAAGUGGACUGUGGCCGGACAGAGGGGCGGGGGAACGGCGACGUGGAGACAAACGACGGUGGUAGACGAGUCACCGCAGUGUUUUUCAGAAAAGCCGCGGCGAAGACGACCGUCCAGGAUGUCUGGUAAACACGACAAGGAAAACGCCGAGUGCAUGGACGUGUUGACACCGACAGCGAAGACGUGUCGCCGACGUCGUCGAGAGAGCUUGAGAGACGUGAGCAACCACAAUAGCCCGGCGGCGGCAGCGUUGCAGAUGUCGCCGGGCAGCAGACGAACAAAAAGUCCCUGCACGGAAGUCCAUUGGAUGCCUGUGCAAAAGAGGCGUUCCGGUGACGAUAUAUGUUGGACGGACGACAAAGUGAAACGGAAAAAGCCGUGUACGGCUGACCACUUGAUCUCAACGGCGUACGCGGCUGUCGCGACGUUCGCCUCCGCGACGACAGCAGCGGCAUCGGCAGAAGUCACCUCUGCCGUCGCCGUCACCUCCGCGGCCGACGAGCAGCUGUGCGUGUCCAUGUCCCCUGCCGAGGAACCGGUUCAGCUGUCGCACAAACGUUUGCCCGCCCUGCCGACGGUUCGGCACCGCAGUCCGGGCGACCUGCGCGCGUCCAGGCUGAUCGAUCGGUAUGUGGAUCAGAUACGCAUGGACGACGUGACGUUCGGCCGCGGCAACGUCGAUCGGCUCAGCAUCGUGUCGCCGUUGGCCAAGCGACUGGCCGAUAUCCGAUUGCGGCGAUCUCCCGGUCAGACGACGACGACGACGACGAUGACGACGGAGGCCUGCAAACGGAAACGAUCGUUGUCCGAUUGCGAAGACGAUUGGCCGCCGACGCGUACGCCGAUCGCCGGCAACAAGCGGCCCACCGCCGCGUGGUGGUGGCAGUGCUCGGGCGGCGGCGGCGGCGGUCUCACCCUCCCUGAUGGCCUCCCCAGUCCGUUCCACUCGACACUCGAUCGUCACCGCGGCCCACUUCACCCGCGGCCGACCGGCACGCCCAGCCCUAUAACGCCACUCCGCCGGCAGUCGGCAGCCGACGAUUCCGACGACUAUUGGAAGACGCCCGUCGGCCCGUCACUGGCCACCGGCGUCCGCGCCGACCGACUGCUGUCCACCACGUCGUCCACGACCGUCGACGACGAGAUCAUCUGCUGCAGCGACCCGCGCAGCCCGGCCGUACUGGACGAAACGUUCACGCUCAAGUCACGCAGGUGUCUGUCGUUCGUUUCUCCGCCGCCGUCCGACUCGUCGGCCAAAAAGCGGAACCGGAAGUCACUGAAAAAGCCAUCUUCUGCCACCGCCGACAAAGCUUCCGGUCUAGAGGUAUCCAUUGAAUUGAAAGACACAACUCACUUAACUGUAUUACUUAAAAGAGGCAGAAAUCUGGUGUGUGCAGAUGGUGAACCGCCAAACACCUAUAUAAAGGUUUACUUAGUACCCGGUAAAGGAACUUGCCACAAGACCCGAGUACGGCACAAUUCUACCAACCCUCGUUUCGACGAAUCCCUUUGCGUACCACUCUCUGAGGAAGAUCAAGAUAAAAGAAUAUUGAUAUCCGCUUGGCACCGAGACAGAAUGAAAAGAAGGAGCGAGUUCUUGGGCUAUAUGUCGUUUGCAGUGAAAAACGUACUCAAAAAAGAAAUAAACGGUACGUUCAAACUCGUACCGCAGAGUCCCGGGCGAAUGCCACCGCACUCGACGCCGGCUCAUCGACCGCAAGACCUGACCGUGGUUAAAACCGUACACUGCAGUACCGAUGACGAAGAAGAAGACAUCAUGAUUGAUGACGAAACUACACCCAGUAACCAUUCAGUGUCCGUCAAGGUAAAAUGUAGUCAGAAGCCAAAAAAAGACACAUUGGCCACCAAAACUGGCAACGAAGAAAACAAAUUCUUGCAAUACCUGGAGUUAGAUCCUCCGCUAUCGUCCAAUAAAGAUGGUAAAAGCGGCAGAACCCCGUUCACGAUUACCAAACGGCUAUCGAAACCUUCAGGAUCCAGUUUUGGAUUUUCCAUAGCGUGGACUCAUCCCCCGAGGGUGGAGAGAGUGGAGUGCGGUUUGCCUGCAGAUCAAGCGGAUCUGAAACCCGGAGACUAUGUAGUAUUCAUAAAUAAAACUAACGUAGUAAUGAUGGCCGAAGAUGACGUCAUGGAAUUGAUUAAAUCGUGCGGCAAUCAGCUAUCGUUGGAAGUGUACAACAAAACUACGACGACCAACCGAAGGAGGAAUCAACCACCUCCGCGAUCUGCGUCCACGCCGGGCGUACUCAGCUUAGCCGCCGCCGCGGUCAGUCAGAGCGACACGACCGUUUCCCUGCAAGAGCCGCCCAGAAGACGAUUUCACAUACCUCAAGUGACGUUCACGUCCGAGAACUUAUCCGGCGAUAUGGACUCGCAACUGAGGUGGAUUCAUCAACUUCUCACGGCUGAGCAACAGUUCGUGUUGUGUUUGCAAUUUGGUAUUGGGAGGUAUCUGUUGCCGUUGGCCGAACGCAAAGACGUACUCAAAUCUAAAGAACACGCUGCUCUAUUUCAAAACGUUCAAGAGCUGCUGCGCACCACGGAGGACACCCUGGAGCGCAUAAUCGACAACGACUGGAAAAUGUUGGCACGGAACACGUGCAAGACAUACGUGAAGAAAAUCGAUCAAAUCAACGGAGCAUAUUACAAAUACUGUAAGGGCAUCAUUCACGCAGAUUGCGUGCUUGUGGAAAAAAUACGAAAUUCCAAUUUUCUGGAAUUGAUUAAAGACCCACCCAUACCUGACCGUAGGCCAGAUUUGAUCACGUUUAUUCACAAACCAUUAGAGCAUUACAGAAACAUAUUAAAAUGCAUGCAACUCAUUCAGAUCAAUACCGAACACGACGAUGAAGGUUUUGAAGCGUUGUCACACAUAGUCCACGAAAUGCAGACGACAUAUCGAUUUAUAACUGUGGAAUCCGGUUUAAUGGAACCGGAAGUGGAUGGGAAGCCUUUACUGUCUCUCAAUGAUUUAGAAGCCCGUCUGGUGUUUACUAGGUGCAAGCCUUUUACAUUGAACACGCCAGACCGCCAUUGGAUAUUCGCCGGUGACCUAAGCCGCGUGGAAGGACGAUCCGUCAGGUCUUACUGGGCGCUAUUGUUUUCCGACAUUUUGUUGUUCACCAAAGUCAGUAGGGACCGAGUGUUAUUUGUCACGGACGAACCCUUGCCAUUAUCCUCAAUUGCUCAAACACAGUUCUCUGUCAAGAAAAAAGAUACCGAAUUCCGGUUGGUAAUUAGCAAUGGAUCGGACACGUCAUCGUGUCACAGUAGUCCGGCCAUGACCGGAUGCAGCCCUCUGUUUGCCGACCUGUCUGGUACUCUUUCAAGACUACCUAAAAACAAAGGAAGAGUAAUCGUGCUUCGAGCACCCAAAGCUGAACUGAAAGCUGUGUGGCAAAAUCUCAUUCAGAGACAAAUACUGAUGCUGGAUAAAAACGCAUUCGUGCCGGACGGUAAGUUUAACGGACCGUCGUCGUCGGAACCACCGGACUCGCCGGACGACCUGUUGGCCAACUCGCUGGCCACGCUGGACGACGACGUCUACGCGGACAGGCUAAAGUCGUUUGCCGCGUCGUUGGUGGAUGAGAGGUGUCAGCGGAUGACCAAGAGCAGUACGUGCAACAAGGGCAAGGCGCUGCACAUAUCGCAGUGGAUCAAGGGCGAACUCGGUGGGGGUGUAGUUGACGGUGGCAGUUAUGGCCCCAGUGGAGGUGGCAACAGCGGUGGUAGUGGCUACGAUGACGAUGACUUGGAAUUGUGGUCCGCAGAACAGAUGAACGCCAAACAGGCAGAGAUCGAACGUCGGUUGUCCUCGGCGGCGGCGGCCAGAGACGGUGUAGAGGCCAUCAUCGAAUACGCGAAUACAGCAGAAACCAUAUCGGUGGUCAGCAGUCCGGACGAUAGUCAAAGAACGGUCGUACCGGAAAACAUGUGCGAAAAGUGUCAAAAAAAAUGUGACAUCAACGGCAACCAGCAUGCCGACGCUUUCCUCGACAUGGAUCCCGAUAAUAAGUGGAAACCAUCCACGGUGUCCGUGUCCAUAGACCUCAGCCCUUGUGAACCUUUCGGACACAUAAUUAAUCACAAUAACAAUUACGUGAACAACAAUAUUGGAAAUGACAGCGGUAACAUGUACAAUAACGAGGACGAUGACGACGACGAAGACGACGAUGGACUCGAACCAGAUCAACCGUAUGCUUUACUAUCAUCGUCACCACCACUACAACGUAGCGCUCAUCAACAUUAUCAACAAAACCAACAACAAAUUCGAGUACAACCACGGUUUUCGUCGACGUGUAGCUUGGAUAGAACUGGCACGAAUCGUGAUCAUUCGACGGAUAGUUUAGACAGAGUGGAAUAUUGUUCGACCACUGAUUACCGGUGGCCCGAAGACUUUUGUCCCGUUACAGCCAGCUGCUGUCUACCAACCGACGAAGACUACAACUACGAUGCAUCGAGCGAAGAAUUUUGGGGAACGCCGAAUAGUAGUACUACUUCGCCGUUAUCCGUUGAAGUGAAUUACCACGAAGAACAGCAAAAUGAAACACUAUUUUUGUCUUCAGUUAUAUCCUCCUCUACACCUAAAAAGAGACCAGCUCGACUAGAACCACUAAUCGAAGAAAUUGAAUCAUCUGACAAUACUCCGUCAUACGAAUACAAAGAGAUCGUUUACGGAGAAGGUCAGACUCUUUUGGACUUUAAAACCAGAACCGUGGCUGGGUCCAAAGACAAAAAUUCUGCAGAAAAAUCAAUCACCAAAAACUUAAGUUGUAAUUAUGGUUUUGCGAAUGCGACAGAUUUAACAUGUUGUGGCGUACGUCCGGCAGGAGCCGUCCGAAGAGGACUUGCAGCACCGAAUCUAAAAUGAGCGCAAAUUUUAUUCGGAGAAGACGCGUUAAGUCCGAAAAAUCAAAACAGAACAAAGAAAUCAAACUCAAUCUUAUUGAAAGCGUAUACUUAUUACUCUUUGGUUAACUUACUGUAUCAUAUAAUAUUAACUCAUAGUAUAGGUAUUAUAGGUACCUCAUAAUAGUUGAUCGUCCUAGAUAUUUUUUACUACUUACGUACCUAUACUCUAUCACUUUGAUAAGUUUUAUCCAAUAGAAACAUAUACCAAUAGGUAUAUAUGGCUUAAAACCAAAACAAAUAUUUUAUUUUUUUUGAAUUUGAAUUUGAAUUAUUAAUAUUUUAUAAAUAUAGUUUUCAUGAAAUUGUUAUAUAAUUUCGAUUUGGAUUCUGGAAAUCAUAAGAUAAAAUUCUGAUCUCUUGUUUAAAAUAUCGGUUUAUGUAUAUACUAUAUAUAUGAUGUGGUUUAUCAAUAUAUAAAUAUCGAUAAACCGAUUAAUUCGGUGUCAUAUCGAUGUAUUGAUAUUAAAAACUUAUUUAAAAACCAGUGGUCUAAAACCUCGCAGUUUUGAACUAAAUGCAAUAUAAUAUGUCAUUACUCAUAGUCAUUACGAUACAAUCUUUAAUUAAAUACGAUAUACAUUUUAUACAUAUAAAAGUACUUAGGUUGUAUUGCAUAUUUUUAAUCAAAACAGCAUUAUCAUAUUAUUCAUAUUAAAACAAUAAUAAUAUGUGGUUGUGCUAUGCUAAUAGACUGAUUAUUCUUUUUUUAUAUAAUUGUUUUUAUUGUAUGUUACGACAACGAUGUCUGAACAUUUUCCAAAUUAGUACGUUAUACGUUAUUUUCACUCGUUUUACUUCAAAAAAAAAACUAUUUUAUUUUUAUAUACAACGAACUUACCUCGAGUCUUUGGCUCAUUAAAACUUCGUUAGAAUCCAUCAUCAACAUGUUUACCAUUGCAUUACAAUCAGUGUAUGCUUGUUUUUCGGUUGUACAAUAUAUUAUUAUAUAAUGUAUACCUUAUAGGUAUACAUAUAAGUAAAUAAAAUUUCAUUUUAAAGCGACAAAAAAAAGUUCUUUGAAAUGUAUUAUAAGGUAAUGAUUUGACAAUAUAGAAGUACAAAUGGUACGCAGGAUUUACAAAAUACAUAUGUGCAUAUGUGCUAUACUAGUAUACUCUUAACCUCAUUGUUAUUAUUGCUUUACAAAUAUAUAUAUAUAUAUUAUAAGAUAUUAUUUAAUAAAUAAACAUUCACACCUGGUGAAUAAGAUGGGUGAUAUAAUGCAGGAAAUACACUAUAAUCUUUUUUGGGAGUUAAUUAUUUAAACUUGAACAAUUUUAACAAUUGGUACCAAAUAACAAUCGUUAAAUGUUUAAUGAACUUUAAUCAAGCAAAAACAACCAGAAUGAAAGAUUUUAAAUAUAUUAAGUUGAUUGAACAUAUAUACAUGCGCAUAGGCAAAAAUUUACGUACUUAAAAAUUGCAUUCAAAAAUUAAAUUUAAAAAUGAACAUGUAUCAGUAUGAUCUUAUUAUUUGAUGCAGUUAAGAAUUACAAUCAGUUAAAGUACAUAUAGGUUUUCUACUUAAAUGUGAUGAUUUUGUCGAAGACUUUUAUUACAUACAUAAUAUGUACUCCUAUUUCAAUUUCAAACAAUCAAAAAUACUUUUUUUAAAUGUUAUUCGCUCGUAAACGUUAACUAUAACUCGACAUAACUACUGCAAUUACAUCUAUUCGAUUUUCUUAAUACUCCUUAACUAUUCCCGGUUACAAGCACCUAUUAAGAUGUACAGUUUAAACCUUCUUUAGUUUUAAAUCAUUUAAUGACAAGUUGUAGGUUAUAAUAAUAUCAUGACAUUACGAUAAUAUAAAUUAGAUAAUAACGGUUGAAUAUCAAGCAAAUUAAACAUAACAGCCAGUGACGGAUUUAGGGGGGGGUGCUUGGGAGCUGAAGCACCCCCCGUUCCGCGUAUUUUUAUUAAAAAUUACUAAUAAUUCGACAAUUUAAAAAUAAAAUAAAAUAUGUUAAAUUGUUUAUAAUUUUUAUUUUGCUUAAUUAUGUUUAAGUAGCAAAUCAUUAAUUUUUUUUUCCCAAAUUGUGCAUAUAUAAUAAGUACUUUAGGACUAUUAUUAUUAACAAAAUAGCGUUCACCAUAAAAAAACCUAGAUCCGUCACUGAUAAUAGCUAAUUUAUGUAGGUAACUAAAAACAUUGUAAACAUUUUUAUCUUUGAUAUUAUUUUAAAAAAUUUUACUUUUUAACUAAAUUUCCAUUAAAAAAAAUUCUAUACAAUUUAUGUAGGCAAUGAAUAAUGUAAUAUACUAUUACAAACCAUAUACUUAUUUCAAAUGCUCAGCUGUUAUUUAUAAUCGUUGAAAUAAUUUCUAUAUUUAAGUGUACUAUAUUUCCUUACUUAUUCGUUAUUUGCAAAAUUUAAAUUUUAUUCUAAAUAAUUAUACUAAUAGCUAAAUAACAUGUACUACCUACCUAUACCUAUAUACAUCUCUGAAAGCGGACAAACUAUUGCAUUUAUAUUUUUAUUUUAAGUAAACAAAAUUAGAUACAACUUAUUGUUUAUGUAUAAAAAUUGUUUUUAUUUCAUUUAUUUGUAUUUCUGGAUAGGUAAUAUACAAUGUAAACCUAUCCAAGAAAAUUGUCAAAAUGUUUUCAAUAAAGUUAAAACCUUACAAAA